AUGCUUUCUGCCCGCGGGGAAACAUAUGCCAAGGCCGGCUUGGCUAAUAGCUACCUCGGGAACCCCAAGACCCCCUUCGACAAAGAUAACAAGCAGGGAGUUGUGUCUUUUCGUAAUGCAGAGAAUUUCUUGAUGCACGACGUAAUGCUUGAAUACAUCCGCACGCAGGUAACAUCCAGCCUUGACCACUCGAAUCUUACCUACCAUGAAGGCCCCUUUGGCUCAAGACGUCUCCGAGCAGCCAUGGCCAAUCACAUUACUACCUACUUCCACCCCGCUACGCCAAUCUCACCUGAUCACAUCAUUUUCGCAAACGGCGUAACGAGCCUAAACGCGCUCUGCGCCCUCAGCUUAACGGACCCUGGCGACGGGAUCCUCCUGGGUCAACCAAUCUACGGCUCCUUCAACGGAGAUCUCCGCGUCCCCUCCAGCUGCCAACUGAUCUACACCUCCUUCCACGGGGACGAUCAAUUCAGCCCAGACGCAGUGGCUCGGUACGAGGAGGCCUUCCUGCAAGCACGAGAGACCGGGGUAACAACCCGGGCCCUCCUAAUCUGCAACCCGCACAAUCCGCUCGGCAGAUGUUACCCGCGCGAGACCUUAGAGGCGCUACUGCUGUUCUGCCAGAAGUAUCAGAUCCAUCUCAUCAGCGAUGAAGUGUAUGCGCUGUCGGUGUACGGUGAUGAGGAUCCCACCUGUGGCUUUGUUUCUGUUCUGUCGAUCGACCCCGUCCCGCUCGGAGUGGAUCCAGCCUUGAUCCAUGUGCUGUACGGCAUGUCGAAAGAUUUCGCGGCGUCGGGGUUACGGCUGGGAUGUUUGAUUAGCCGGAAUGAGAGGUUCCUCCAGGCAGUUUUGUCGAUGAGUCGAUUCCAUUGGCCAUCGCAUAUAUCCUGCAGUAUUGCCACUGCUGUUCUCGAGGAUCGAGGCUUUGUGGAGUCCUUUCUUCAGAAAAGCCGCCGAUUGCUUCGCUCACAGCGGAAUUUGGCGGCACGAGCCUUGGACGAGGCGGGGAUUCCUUAUGCGCAGGGCGCUAUUGCGGGCUUUUUCGUCUGGAUUGACUUGUCCAAGUGCUUGGAUGACACGAUCGUCACCAGUCAAGACGGGUGGGCUGCAGAGUUGGAUCUGUCCCGCCGGCUGCAACAGAUUGGGGUGGAGAUGUCGACUGGCUAUGCCUAUCAUAAUGAGGUGCCAGGUUGGUUCCGCGUCAUCUUCUCACUAGAUGAGGAUAGCCUGAAAGAGGCCUUGUCAAGGUAG